AUGAAAAGCUUUAGUUUCUCAUGGCUCUCUGUGGCCUUAUUAGCGACUAAGACGCUAGGAAGGGUGAUUGAAGAGGACACCGUCGAAGUCGACCCAGUCAACCUCGACAUUGGUGAUCUUACCAUCAUGCCUGGAGUGCACUACUCGAUCGUGAAUAAUGCAGUGACAUCGAUCACCGGAAGCUUGGACAAUCAAGGUGGAUUUUUCGUGACUUCGCUUGAUACAAGUUUGACCGCCUCUGUUUCGCUUGUUUCGGGCUCCAUUCUCAAUUCCGGAGAGCUUGCCUUCAAUUCCUCCCGCUCGUUGCAGUCGAGCUCCUACAACUUGAACGCCGUUGGUGAUUUCAUCAACACCGGUGACAUGUGGUUUGGAAUCAGUGGAUUUGCGUUGGCUCCAAUUAACCUUGGCUCUACCACCAACUGGCAGAACCACGGAAGAGUCCAUUUUGUCCAGGCUGACGAGACCUCCUCGGAUGUCAGAAUUAACCUGGCGGCUGGCCUGAUUCUCAACGAAGGUACUAUUUGCGCUACAAACAUGAACUGGAUCCAGACUGCCUCUGUGAACGGAACUGGAUGUAUCAAUGUCGGCGAAGAUGCCAGAUUCCAGGCCAACAUCGACCCUUACGAAGUUUCCACCAGCCAGACCAUCUACCUUGCUUCUUCUGACUCCGUUUUGGGUGUUGCCGGCUUGUCUGGCUCUCUUACGGGCGACAGAACCUUCACUGUGGUUGGUUUCGGUGGCGGAAACGUCAUCAGAAUUGACCUUGGUUUCGACAACUGGAACUACGCCGACGGCGUGUUGACGCUUUCCUUCUUCUUGGGUGUUUUCAGUCUUGACUUCAACAUUGGUGAAGGCUACGACACCGCCCAAUUCUCCACCAACAGUAUCGGUGACACCGGUACCGAGAUUGUCUACAACCUUCCAUACGAGGGCGAAGCUCCCGACAUCUGUAUGUGUGAGGACUUCCCUGAACCACCUUUGGAGGAGGAGCCCCACACUACCACCUGGACUACCACCGAUGCCGAUGGCGAGCCCACUACUGACUCUGGUGUUGUGAUUCCAACUACCGAUGAGGACGGAAGCCUAACUACCACCACUUCCACUUUCCCACCUGAGGAAACCGAUGACGAACCCACCGACGAGUACACCACCACCUGGACUACUACUGACGAGGACGGUGAGCCUACCACGGAUUCUGGUGUGGUUAUUCCAACUACUGAUGAAGAUGGAGCUCCUACUACCACAACCUCGACUUUCCCUCCUGAGGAAACCGACGAUGUCACUGACGAGUACACCACCACCUGGACGACUACUGACGAAGAUGGAGAGCCCACCACCGACUCAGGUGUGGUUAUUCCUACCACUGAUGAAGACGGCGCUCCUUCUACCACGACUUCGACUUUCCCACCAGACCCUACCGAGGACCCAGAUGAAGAGCCCCAGCCUACCACCUGGACCACCACUGGAGACGAUGGAGAACCAACCACAGACUCGGGAAUUGUGAUCACCACCACGGACGAGGACGGCCAGGAGACCACUUCCACCUCCACCUUCCCUCCAGACGACAUCACCGAUGAACCAGACUACACCACCACCUGGACUACCACCGAUGCGGACGGAGGGCCUACUACUGACUCUGGCGUGGUGAUUACCACGACUGACGAGGACGGAAACCCCACCACCUCCACCUCUACGUUCCCUCCUGACCCUACUGACGACCCAGAUGGCGAGCCUACUACCUGGACUACCACAGAUGCCGAUGGUGAGCCUACGACCGACUCUGGUAUCGUUAUCACCACAACAGACGAGGAUGGACAGCCUACAACGUCUACUUCGACUUUCCCUCCAGACGAGACUGACGAUGUUGACGGUGAGCCAACCACCUGGACCACUACUGACGCAGACGGUGAGCCUACGACUGACUCUGGUAUUAUCAUCACCACCACAGAUGAGGACGGACAACCCACAACAUCUACGUCCACCUUCCCACCGGAUUUGACCGAUGAAGAAGAUGCCGAGCCAACCACAUGGACCACUACCGAUGCCGAUGGAGAACCAACCACGGACUCUGGAAUUAUCAUCACCACCACGGACGCCGACGGAGAGCCAACCACCUCUACCUCGACCUUCCCUCCAGAUGAGACUGACGACGUUGACGGUGAACCAACUACCUGGACUACCACCGACGCUGACGGAGAACCCACCACCGACUCCGGCAUCAUCAUCACCACUACCGAUGAAGAUGGCCAGCCCACAACGUCAACUUCCACCUUCCCUCCAGACAUCACCGGCGAGCCAACUACCUGGACCACAACCGGAGACGAUGGCGAGCCAACCACUGAUUCUGGAAUCAUCAUCACCACCACCGAUGAGGACGGAAACGAGAUCACGACAACCUCGACUUUCCCACCUGACACCACACCAGAACCCACCACCUGGACCACUACUGACGGCGACGGGGACUCCAUCACCGAGUCUGGAAUCGUGAUCACCACCACGGACGAAGACGGAAACGUCAUCACCACCACCUCCACCUUCCCUCCAUCGGAGCCUACUGACAUGACAUCUUUCACUUCCACAUGGACCACCACGGACGCUGACGGUCAGCCUACCACAGACAGCGGUGUCGUCAUUGUGACCACCGACUCUGACGGUUCUUUGACCACCUCGACCUCCCUCUUCGACGACCCUACUCCAACAACCUACACCACCAAGGUCACCACCACCGACGCCGACGGAAAGCCAAUCACCACCUCCAAGGUGGCCAUUGUGACUACCUGUCCAGACGGCGAGUGGACCACCAAGUACAAGCCUAAGGAGACCACCAAGACGUUGACCAAGACCGACGACAAGGGCGAGGUGAUCACCAAGACGGUGAUUGUGUGUGAGACCACCGACAAGGACGGCAAGAAGACCACUCUGACUUCGAUCUGCCCCGAGACCAAGACGGUUCCGUACACCAAGGACGACGGAGAGGUUGUCACCAAGACCGUCAAGGUGAUCAAGACCAUCAUCAAGGGUAAGGCCACCUCCUACACCAAGGAGGAGGAGGAGAAGACCACCAUGUCCAAGGUCGAGUCCACCAAGGACGACGGUGAGGUGAUCACCAUAGAGGAGAUCGUCACGAUUACCAAGACCAGAGAGCCUGAUGUCACCAAACCCGGUGAGUACCACCCUCCUGCUGAGACCCCUCCAGCUGACAAACCUCCAGCUGACGAGCCUCCAGCUGAUGAGCCUCCAGCUGACAAGCCUCCAGCUGAAACCACUGUUGCUGAUGAGCUGAAGCCUCCAGGAGAGCCUGCUCCAUCGGUCACCACUCCAUUUGAGGGCGCUGGUUCGCUCCCUAAGCUUGGAGCCACCUUGUUGCUUCCACUUGGCCUUCUUGCACUUUUCUAA